AUUUCUACACGUCAGUCAUCCUGAAACAAGACAAGAAAUUUUGUCAUUUACUGAACCUUAUACCCUGUUAAACAAAUACCAGCCUGAUAACAAAUACUGACGUACACCCAGUUCUUGGCCAUACAGACAGAUACAGUACAUUAAAGACCACCGGGAGAAUUCUUCGUACAAUUCAAUAUGGCCUGCCUUUUCGAGGGAAGUCUCGUAUUUGGCGUUGGAAUUUUAGCAAUUCUGACGUACAGGUUUUUCAUUAUUCCAAUGCCACCACCAGCGGAGGAAAUAAUGAAGAGGCGGAUUUUACUGCUCAUGUGGUGGAUCAUGGGAAGAGUGACUAAGUUAAGAAUGUGGUUAGGAAGAGGCCAUGAAGUCGUGUUACUUCGACUAGAACCCCCACCCAAACAACACACGGGGGACACUGUAAUAACAGAAAACACGGUAUUAGGAGGCAUUCCUGUCCGGAUAUUUCGCCCGGUAGGAACAAAUACCAGUGACGAGAAACUCCCCGGAGUGAUAUAUUUUCACGGAGGAGGGUGGUGCUGGGAAGUGUGGGAGGGAUAUGACUCGGUGCUUAGAAUUUUGGUACGAUUGAGGAAAAUGGUUAUUGUAUCAGUUCGUUAUCGCCUCGCUCCAGAAAACCCAUUUCCGGCUGCACCGGACGAUUGUUUUGCCGUUACUCGUUAUGUUUUAGAAAACAGAGAAUCUCUUGGAAUAGACCAGAACAAUGUCACAUUGAUGGGAGAUAGUGCUGGUGGAAAUUUAGCCAUGGCUAUGAUGACAAAGUUACUGUCUCCCUCAGUAGUAAGAGAAAACCUUCCAAAAAUUAGGAACUUGGUUCUCAUAUAUCCUGCAUUACAAGCAGUGAAUUUCCGCACGCCAUCUUACCAAAAAUACAGAGGAUCAAAUGUUCCAACUAUUCUUUCUUCUGAACUAAUGAUGAAAUUUUACGUAGCUUAUGCUUUAGGAAUGGAAAUUGUAAAUAUUGAUGAACUUCUAGAGAAUAGUCACUGGACAAAAGAGGUAGAAGAAAAGGCUAUUUGGUUAGAGAAUGACAACUUGCCAGCCCAGAUUCGUGAGGGCGCGAAUAAUUCAUCCAAACCUAGACUAGAAAAUCCAACUUUAGCGAAGAAAUUGAACAAAUACCUUCUUGAUCCGCUGUUUUCUCCUCUACUAGCAGACGACAGUGUUUUGAAGAGGUUUCCUGAAACAUACAUUUUGUCUGCAGAAAUGGAUCCCCUUAGGGAUGAUAGUUUCUUAUUAGUAAACAGACUUGACCGACUUGGAAUUAAUGUUAGACAUCGCCACUGGAAGGGCAUGGAUCAUGCCUUUGUUGGUAUUCCAGAUCUCUAUUCAAACUCCCAGAAAGCUCUAGUAGAGAUCGUAGAAUAUCUUAAGGAACAUUCUUAGAAAAGUAUUAUGACGAUGUACGAUUUCUGAGAAAACCAACUUACAAAUCAUUUGACCCCAAAAGGUUGUUUGAUUAUGCUUUUUUGUAUAUUUAGGUAUCAAUGUCAUAUACGUAUACAUGUAUAUAAGUAUAAUUACGAGUAUGUUCAAUAAUUUAUUUGUUUACAAAUAGUUUUCUUUUUUAGUGAACAUAAAAAAGUUACAUAUAUAAAUAAUUCCAUACGCUA